ACCCAAGGCAGGAAAAUGAGGUGGCUCCUUCUUUAUCAUGCUCUGUGCUUCUCCCUGUUGAAGGCUUCAGCCCAUACCGUGGAGCUAAAUGAUAUGUUUGGCCAUAUCCAGUCACCGGGCUAUCCAGACUCCUAUCCAAGUGAUUCUGAAGUGAUGUGGAAUAUCACUGUUCCAGAGGGAUUUCGGAUCAAGCUUUACUUCAUGCACUUUGACUUGGAAUCCUCCUAUCUUUGUGAAUAUGACUACGUGAAGGUAGAAACUGAAGAUCAAGUGUUGGCAAACUUCUGUGGCAGGGAGACCACGGACACAGAGCAGACCCCUGGUCAAGAAGCAAUCCUUUCCCCUGGCUCCUUCAUGUCCAUCACUUUCCGGUCAGAUUUCUCCAAUGAGGAACGAUAUACUGGCUUUGAUGCCCACUACAUGGCUAUGGAUGUGGAUGAGUGCACGGAGCGGGAGGAUGAGGAGCUGUCCUGUGACCACUACUGUCAUAACUAUAUCGGUGGCUACUACUGCUCCUGCCGAUUCGGCUACCUCCUCCACACAGACAACAGGACCUGCCGAGUGGAGUGCAGUGACAACCUCUUUACCCAGAGGACCGGCAUCAUCACUAGCCCCGACUUCCCCAACCCUUACCCUAAGAGCUCCGAAUGUUUCUACACAAUCGAGCUGGAGGAGGGUUUUAGGGUAAGCCUGCAAUUCGAGGACCUUUUUGACAUUGAAGACCAUCCUGAUGUGUCCUGCCCCUAUGACUACAUCAAGAUUAAGGCUGGUCUGAAAAGUUUGGGACCCUUCUGUGGAGAGAAAGCCCCAGGACCCAUCAACACCCAGAGCCACAGCGUCCAGAUCCUGUUCCACAGUGAUAACUCGGGCGAGAACCGAGGCUGGAAGCUCUCGUACAGCGCAGCAGGGAAUGACUGCCCAGUGCUACAGCCUCCUGUCCACGGGAAAAUCGAGCCCUUGCAAGCCAAGUAUUCCUUUAAAGACCAAGUGCUUAUCAGCUGUGACACAGGUUACAAAGUGCAAAAGGAUAAUGUGGAGAUGGACACAUUCCAGGUUGAAUGUCUGAAGGAUGGGUCAUGGAGUAACAAAAUUCCCAUCUGUAAAGUUGCAGACUGCAGAGCCCCAGCAGAGCUGGAACAUGGGCUGAUCACCUUCUCCACCAGGAACAACCUCACCACAUACAAAUCUGAGAUUAGGUACUCCUGCCAGCAGCCCUAUUACAAGAUGCUCCCCAAUAUCACAGGUAUAUAUACCUGUUCUGCCCAAGGCACCUGGACGAACAAAAUACUGGGGAGAAAACUGCCCACCUGCCUGCCAGCAUGCGGUCAGCCCUCCCGCUCAUUACCAAACCUGGUCAAGCGGAUCAUCGGGGGCCGAAAUGCUGAGCCUGGCCUCUUCCCCUGGCAGGCCCUGAUAGUGGUGGAGGACACCUCCAGGGUGCCAAAUGACAAGUGGUUUGGGAGCGGGGCCCUGGUCUCUGAGUCCUGGAUCCUCACAGCAGCCCAUGUGCUGCGCUCCCAGCGCAGAGACAACACUGUGACCCCAGUCUCCAAGGAGCACAUCACUGUCUACCUGGGCCUGCACGACGUGCGGGACAAGUCGGGGGCUGUCAACAGCUCAGCAGCCCGUGUGGUGCUCCAUCCAGACUUCAACAUCCAGAACUACAACCAUGACAUAGCUCUGGUGCAGCUGCAGGAGCCGGUGCCCCUGGGACCCCACGUCAUGCCCAUCUGCCUGCCGAUGCCCGAGCCUGAGGGCCCAGCGCCCUACAUUCUGGGCCUGGUAGCCGGCUGGGGCAUCUCCAAUCCUAAUGUGACAGUGGAUGAGAUCAUCAGCAGCGGCACACGGACCUUGUCCGAUGUCUUACAGUAUGUCAAGUUACCAGUGGUGCCACAUGCUGAGUGCAAAACCAGCUAUGAGUCCCGCUCAGGCAACUACAGCGUCACGGAGAACAUGUUCUGUGCUGGUUACUAUGAGGGCGGCAAGGACACCUGCCUUGGGGAUAGCGGCGGGGCCUUCAUUGUCCUCGAUGACUUAACCCAGCGCUGGGUGGCCCAAGGCCUGGUGUCCUGGGGGGGCCCUGAAGAAUGUGGCAGCAAACAGGUCUAUGGGGUCUACACCAAGGUCUCCAACUAUGUAGACUGGGUGUGGGAGCAGAUGGGCUCCCAGCAGGGUCUUGGGGAGCUCCAGGUGGAGCGGUGAGCUAAAUUCUGUCCACAGGGCCUGCUGGCCUUACCCCAGCCCCGAGUGAGGCUGUACUACACACUCCCAACAGCACACUCCACGUUACUCACCAGACCAAAGGGAAUGGAACAUACUGGCCCCACGGGCCUCCCAUCCUCCCAAGACAGCCCCCAGAGCCCCUGAGAGACAGCAGUGUGGUAUAGGAGGAAGGCUCUGGACAACAGGCCUGGGAGAGUGACCCUGGGUGUGUGAACCUGGGCAAGUCCCUCUCCCCUCUGGGCCUUGCUCUCCCCACCAACACGAUGAAGGGAUUAGACCAGCUGACCUCUGGGUCAGUUCCAACACUCCUCUCCAGGCCACACUUGACCCUGGUGGCCUUACUCACUCCUGAUCACUUAUCAAAUCCAUUGGUCCCACUAUUGAUGUGACUGAGACUUGGACCUGAUUACUAGAAAAUGUGUCCUUAUGUUGAGCUAAACUCCAUGUCCAAGUAUUUCCUAGCUCUGCCUUCUGGGCCUAUGCCAUGUCUAGUCCCUCUUCUAGAAGAAAACUGGCCCAGUAUCAAUAGACAGGGGUCAUACACUCAGAGCCCCCACUUCUCCUAGUUUAAUGUCUUAGAGCACUUUCAUCCCUGGGGGUUCUCUCCCAAAGUCUACUUGCAGUCCAAGCCUUACCCCUUAUGUACACCCCAUUAAAGAAAUUUCAAGGGCAAACAGAAAGCUGGAAAGGUUUGUGGAAACCGAGAAUAGCAGUGGAAGGCUCCCUAAGCCCCUUCAGUUCCUGCUGUCACUCAGAACACACCAUUAGGCCCAUAUCUCACUCUCAAAUACCAGCUAACAACAUUGGGAACCAACACCUGCUGCCUCAGACAAGCACAAAGCAACCUUCCUGCCUUAAAAUGUAUUCUCUGAAAAGGCUACCUAAACCACAGCCCAGAUGUGGGACUCAGCCAGUAGCUUUAAAAAGAAGCCCCAUGCUGGGCCCCACGCUGCUUCUGGGCAGGAACACAAAAGAAAGGGUGGAUUGAGGACACUGGGAGUCACAGGAAUCCUGCCAGACCAUCCAGCACUCCUUGGCCUGAGCUCAGCAGAGAAUCCACCCAGCAGAUGUUCAGAGGGAUCCACUCCUCCAGUUUCCAAGGGGCCCAAGGGAAGCAGAGACCCAACCAUGAAAGGCAGUGAAUAGUGACAAAGAACCAAGAAUCCUGGGUUGUAGACCCAGCUCUGCCCUACUGGCUGUAUAGCCUUUGACUUUACCACUCUGGGCCACAGUUUCUCCAUCUGUAAAGGGAAGACGUCGGAUUCCUCUGAGGUUCCUUCCAGCUCCACUAUUCCGUGUCUCCCCGGGAACUUCUGGUUGGCCUUCACAGCACUGAUUAUCCUCCUUCUCCCGGGAGAUCUCUUCCCUGAGGAUUCUGCAUCAGAGAAAUAGCUCAGCCAGAGACGCCCUGAGGAGGGAUUCCAAGAGAACAGUUGGGAAAUAUCCGCUUUUCCAAUUGAUUCAUCAACACACACUCCCAUGUCUAGGAU